AAACAAUUCUGGUUGUUGUAACCAUAUGUCUUCAAUUACUACUCAUUUCUCUUCAAUGUCGCCUAAUAAUUCAUUUCCUGAUAUUUAUUCGGCUGAUGGUUCCCCUAUGAAUGACUCACGGACAGGACAACUUCUUGGAACUGGUCACAAGGUGGGGUGUUUGUUUGAGCUCAACUAUUUGCAUAUUCUUGAUAAUAAAAUGGAUACACCAUCAUUUCCAAAUGAUCGAUUCAUCCAAACCCUGCUUUGUGCUAUUGAAUUAGAGUCUUUGCAAAUUCCAUAUCAACAAAUCUUCCAAGUUUGUGCUGUUACUAACAUUUCUCCUCUCCAUUUGUGGCAUUCACGACUCAGACAUACCUCAGUCGGUAAACUUCGUCCACUUAUCUCUCAUGGUUUAUUAGGAUCAGUUCCGAAUGAAUUUGUGCAUUGUGUGUCAUGUCAAUCUGCAAAGCAACCAGUUUUAUCUUUUUCAAGUAGUCAUUCUCAUUCUACUGCUCCUUUUGAUCUUGUGCAUUCUGAUGUUUGGGGUCCAUCUCCUACACCCACCAUGGGGGGUUCCAGACACAUCCUUGAUUUUGUUCGUGCUCUCCUCAUUUCAUCUUCUUGUCCAGAGCGAUUUUGGUGUGAGGCUGCUCUUAAAAUUGCUUAUCUUAUUAAUUGCAUUCCAUCAUCAGUCCUUAAUAACCAGUCUCCAUAUGAGCGUCUACAUGGUAUUCUUCCUGCUUAUAAUCUUCUUAAGCGGAGUAAGAAACAAGCUAUUCCAUAUCACUCUAAUAUUGAAGCUGAGUAUAAAGCUCUCGGGGAUACCACAUCAGAACUUCUUUCAUUGCGGUGGCUUCUUGAAGAUAUAGGCAUUCCUCAACCUUCUUCUACUGAUUUAUAUUGUGAUAAUCAAAGUGCUAUGCAGAUUGCUCAUAAUGAUGUCUUUCAUGAACGCACUAAAUACAUUGAGGUUGAUUGUCACUUUAUUCGCCAUCAUGUUGCACAAGGAACUGUUCAUUUGGUUUUCAUUGGCUCUACUGAUCAACCAGCAGAUCUCUUUACCAAGGCUCAUUUUCUUGGACGCUUUUGUACUCUUCUUUCCAAACUCAAGUUGGUUUCAUCACAACCACCUUGAGUUUGAGGGGAGAUGUUAAGAUGUGAACACAAUUAUAUUUAGAAUUAUUGUAAAUAUUUUAUACUUUAGAAUAUUCUCUUUGUAUACUUUAUACCUUAGAAUAUUCUCUUUGUAAACACCUAUAUAUAGGUCAUUGUACAUACAAUAUAAUUCAAGAAAGCAACAAACCUUUCUUCAAAUUAUUCUUCUUUUCGGUUUUCUAACAAUGGUUAAGGUUUGAAUCACAUUCUCUCUCCUUACUCCUCUCCCCCAAUAAAGUUUUUAACCAAUU